GCAAGCAAGCAGAGGCACCUGUCUUUCUUUAAGAAAGUGAGCAGAGCAGAACAGAACAGAUCGAGAGAUGAGCGAGACAAGUGAAAAGUUUCACUUUGUUAUGGUGCAUGGGUUUAGCCAUGGAGCCUGGUGCUGGUACAAAAUCAGGAGUCUGCUGGAAGCAUCGGACCACAAGGUCAGCUGUAUUGACCUUAAAGGUUCGGGCAUAGAUCCAUCCGAUCCCAACACCAUCUUCACUUUCCAAGACUACAACAAACCCUUGAUUAACCUCCUCUCCAACCUACCUCAGAAUCAAAAGGUGAUACUGGUCGGACACAGUUCUGGAGGUCAAAGCUUAACCUAUGCCAUACACAAGUUUGCUAACAAAAUUCGUAUGGCCAUUUAUGUUGGUGCUACUAUGCUCAAACAUGGGUUUGUUACCCCCCAAGAUUAUGAAGAUGGAGAUCCAGAUUUAUCCAUGUAUGGUGAUGUAUGUAAGAAAAUAUAUGGUCUAGGAGCUGACCAGCCCGCUACCAGCAUGAUGAUCAAGGAGGAGUUUCAACGCAAAAUUCUUUAUCAUUUAAGCUCUAAAGAGGACUCGACUUUGGCAGUGAUGCUGAUGCGACCGGGACCUUUGAGACCAUUAGUCGGUCUUCGGUUUACGGAGGGAGUCAAGGCGGAGAGCGUGCCAAGAGUGUAUAUAAAGACAUUGCAAGAUCGAGUGUUGAAGCGAGAACAACAGGAGGCGAUGGUGAAAAGGUGGCCGCCCUCUCUAGUGUUUGCAUUGGAAAGUGAUCACUGCCCAUUUUUCUCCACGCCUACUCUUCUCUUUGCCUUUCUACUCAAAGCGGCGGCUUCAGUCAACGCUGCAACUUAAUCUUUAGUCAAUCAUCCAUGUGGACUGCUAUUUUUUAUUGGAUUGUGCUUCUCUCUUCUUCAAUGUCUUUUUCUUAAUACAAAGGAGAUCCAUCCGAUGAGAUCUCAAAUUUAUUCUUUUUUAUUUUAUAUUAAAGUCCAUUUAUUUUGUUGGAACAAAAACAAACC